UUGACGUUGAAUCCUGCUUCAUCUUUUUCGCAGAAACAUGACAACAGGAACGGAGAAGCCCAGCACAAGGGUUAUUCAGGUGACGAAUAUCGCUCAGAACGCAACCGUUGAUCAAAUGAAAACACUGUUUGGUUUUCUUGGUGAAAUCGAGGAGAUGCAUCUGUUCCCUGAGUGAGUUUAAAUUGAUAAUCCCCACAGACGUUUCCAUUAAUUAGUAAUUGCAUUUUUUCCUCCUUCCUCAUCGAUCGAGACGUCUUAACUUAAUCCACAUACAGCUAACUACACGUGAAUACCAAGCUCGUGCUGGAGAUGUAUAAUAUGCGUAUUUUUUCACAACUUAUCACUUGAAAAUGAAACUAUCCUUCCUUAGAUUUUUUAGGUGAAAUUAGCUCAAUUUCUUCUCUUUUGUAGAAAUUAAUAGUUGAGUUGUUGUAUUAUUUUGAAGAUUUAGUUAACUGUAUGGGAAACCAGGAUAUUCUCUCAUCAAGGAGAUUGUUGUUUGAACUAGGAUAAGUAGGAUAUUAAUCUAAUAUAGGACUAAGAAAAAAUAUGGUUAUCUUUAAUUUAUUUUUCUCUUGUUAACUUUAGGGUUUUUCAGUACAUUAUCUUAUUUAUCUUCUGAGUAUGGUAUAUUACCUUAUUGUAUUGCAUUGUUUAUUUCAGGGAUCCGAUGAUUCACCUUGGAACAGCUACGCGAGUAUGCUUUGUGAAGUUUACAGAUCCUUGCAGUGUUCACGUGGCUCAGCAUCUCACAAACACAGUUUUUAUUGACAGAGCACUGAUAGUUGUACCAGUACAGGAUGGUAUGGACUGUGUUAAGUUGAGAUGUUCUUGCUUUAGUUAGCAAACAGUCUUUUUCUUUGUUUUUUACCUAUGUACCUUGAGCUUGCAAGAAAGUGAACAAGACACUUCAGAAACAAUACUUCUCCUUUAAAUGAUGUGGAACAGGGAUACUUAGGGAAAGAGUUCGGGAGUGUAAAUACUGUACUCCAAAUUAUCAACAAAACAGAAAAAGACAGGAACAAAAAAAUCAUUAUAACAACUAAAUUAAAAAAAACAAUUAUAGGAAAGUAAUGGAAACUUCAAUCUUUAAGUAAGUGCAAGCCCAGUGAUAAUAUUAAUGAUAUCCAUGUAAAAUUUUCAGCAUGCUCACUGGCUGAGAGCAAGUCAACUAUUGAUAGCAGGCAAUGGCAAUUGAAUUAAUUGUGAAAAGUAGCAUUUUGAAAAAGGGGUCCAGAACAAAUUCUUAACAACACAAAAAAUCUCAAGCAGGUAAUUAUUUAUUACCCACUUUCCAAACAUAAUCAGUGAGGGAGUAAAACUUUGUUAAUUAAUGUAUUUGUUUUAGUAGGUGGAGUAUUUUCUUUAGCUUUAAUGUAGACAAUAAUGGUAUAUCAUUUUAGUACUGAACUUGAUAAGAACUGUGCUGCAAGGUUUAAACCAUUUUAUUCUUGUCACUCGGCUGUUGCAAGUUCUUGCCUAAGAAUAAGUUUGGGUCUUUGUCUUGUUUCUUUGUUUUCCAUUAUUUGAGCAGCUGAGGAAAUCUCAGUCUGGCCACUAAGACUGUGUGGGAAGUGAGUAAAGAACACAAAGAUCUGGUUCAUGGCAUCAUGUUAAGAUGAUGCCCAGUAAUUUAGAAGUAUCUACUCUCAUCACCCAUUGGCUGGGUAAUGUUUAGAUAUUGUGAGAAGAAAUUAAAUGUCAAUUGUCUCUUAGGAGUCUGUGGGUCAACAGAAGCACAUGGUGAUGAUAUUAAAGUGGCCUCCCUCAUUGACUCUGUUCUGCUUUACUGGUGUUUGAGUCCCUAGUAACAUAAUUUAUGCUGUACAUUGACAGUGAUCUGAUCUGUGUCCAUUAAAUUAAUGCUAAUUGUUUUUAAAUAGGAACAAUACCAGAUGAGUCUAAAGCAGUUCAGCUGGCAGCACCUGCCAGUGCAGUUGCUGGAGGCUUUACAGGAUCAUCAGGAGGAUUACUCCCCACACCACCCAUGCCAGCACAGGUAAAGCCUUCCUAUUUCAUCAUUGUUAUAAAGACAGUUACACUUACUGUAUGUGAAGUUAUGACCAGGUGAAAAAUUAUGUCCAUGAAAAGUGGGUUCAACAAGUGGCCUUUUCCCUUUGAGGCUCUUGGAUAUGUUUGUGUUAAAAGAAUAGGGAUAAUUAUAAGGCUUCUCACAAAAGGUGCUGUUAAUUCCUGAUACCACAGACAAAUUUUCAAUGUGGGGUCAGCAUUUAAUUAACUUUUGAAUCAGUAGAUGUAAUUUAAAAUAAUUAAGGUAGCAACUAGUUUGUCAUCUUGUUGCUGAUUAGGGAAAAAAAUGAGCUUUGGGAUCAUAAACAUUCUUUACUUUUAUUUAGGUUCCAAUUGUUCCAGGAGUAGUUUCUACAGUUAUUCCUGGGGUAAGUUAAAAGAAAAUUGUUUUGUUUGUUUGAUGUACAUUUUAUGGUGUAAUUUCCACACUGCUACCAAUGCAGUGAAUUUAUUGAAAAAUAGAUGCAGAGGUGUUUGAAUAGUUAACCCUUCAACUCCUAAGAUCUCAUUGGUAACUCCUUACUGUCUGCUAUAUAGUUCUUCUGAUGUUAGUUUGGUGAAUUUGGUAUUGGAUCAACUAAUAAUCCCCCAAUUAAGAUUUUUCUCUAUUCUCAUCACUUGUCUGCUUGAUAUCGUAUUGAUAUUGUAAGGAGAAAUUCUGUCUUGGUUACUCAUGGGAGUUAAAGGGUUAAAUGAAAUUGUGCUUUAUCAAGUCCAGAUGAUAUUAAUUCAUUUUAUAGAGGCUUGAGAUUUUGUUACUUCACAUGCUUUUUAGUUAAUCUGAAUUGAAAACAGUUUGCAUAGUAUAUUUCAUUGCCAAGGGAUUAUGUGAAAUAUCUGUAACAAAGGGAAUUACAAAUCAAGCCAGUUUGAAACCAAUGAACUUAAAUUACUUUUAAAGUACAACAUAGUUAUUUUAGUUAAAUGUACAUUUUUUUUAAGGAACAGCUUUUAAAACUGUAAUAGUUUGAUUUUUAGCAUUUUUCCAGUUAUAAGAACAUUAUCUUUUUAAAUAGAAAAGUAUGAAUCAAAUUACCGGUAAGUUAGGAUAAUUUUCCUCCAAAUAUAUGAAGAAAAAGCAAGGAAACUGGUUUGAGUAAUGUUUUAGAAUUUGUUUGCAAGGAAUUGAUAAUUCAUCAGUUCGCCUAUAUCACACAGGAAAAAAUUGUAAUCGUUGAUGUCUAGGUAAAGCCUUUAUCCAGGCCCAAGUGGCCCAUGGGGCCAGCGCUUAACUGCGGUUUCCUUAGCAUGAAGCGACUAGGAGUAUUGCUACUUCCCACAUGUUGUACAGCUAGCUGAAGAGAAGCACUGUGAGAGUAAAGUGUCUUGCCUCAGAGCACAACACAGUGACCCCAGCCAGUGCUUGAACCUGGACCACUCAAUCUAGAGUCGAGUGCACUGAUAUCUAAGGGCUUUAUACAAAUUCAGAAAGUUUGGAUACAGAAAGCAGUAAGUGAAUAUUUAGGGAGUACUGUAGGUGCUCUUUAUAUCUACACACUCUUACACAUGUCUUAAUUGUACAGUAGGCUAUAUUACUUUGACUUAAGAAAACUAAUAGUACUAUUCUUUCUUGAUGUGUAACAGCUAGCCACUGCUCUAACUGUACCUGCUCCAUUACCGCCUCCACCUCCCCUUACUAAUGUAGACCCCAGCAAAAUUGAUGAAAUUAGACGAACUGUUUAUGUUGGAAACUUGGAUACCACGGUAAGAGCAGAAAAAAUGGAUUUAAAACUGUAUUUAUAUUUGACACAUUUCAAAAUAAGUGUUUCUUUUUAAAUAAAGGUCAUGCACACUGUAGGAUAAUUAUAGAUAAUGAUAUUUGUGUCCACUUCAGUGAUUAUUUCAUCCACAUUAUCUUCACUGCGGUUUCUGAGUCUUUUCUGAGCCUUAAUGUUACACUGCACAAAAUUCUGUGUGAAAUUUCCUGUGUACUAAUUUUGCGGACAAGACUGGUAUAAUUUUGACUAGCAAACAUCAUUUUUGAUACAAGAGGAAACAACAAAAAUAUUUUCAGCUACCUUAACUAGUUAAUAAAAAUAAAUUGUUUUAGUUGAACUUGUUCAUUAAGAUCAUUAAAAAAGUCAUCAAGAAUCUUCAAACUAACUUUUCCCUUUCAAAACAACUAGAGUGUCAAGAAGAGAAAUUUAAGAAGGACUUUUGGCUUAUCUUUGAAUGGUACUUUGUUUCCUAACCCUUCAAUGGUUAGCACCUAAAUUUAAAAAAGAGUAUCAGUUAAGGCAAUUUAUACUGAAUAAACUUUUCUCUCCUUUUUUUACCAUAGCUGUCAGCAGAACAACUCAUGGCAUUCUUCUCAGGCUGUGGUGAGAUUCGAUAUGUGAGAAUGUCUGGGGAUGAUACUCAACCCACUAGGUAAGCAUAAUGGUAACAGGGCUUUUGACAACUACCAGUACAUGUAAGUGGUCAUUCUUAGCAAUCACUUUUUGGCAUAGGAUGUAAAAUCAUUUCAAACACACAGGAAGCAUAAGAGAUUCCAAGACUCUUCUAGAUCAACAUUUUUAGACGUUAAAAAUGAAAGAGGAUAAAUUUCGGCUGCAAAUUAAAUAAUUGUUAAUACUUUUUUACAUACAGUCUGUCUCAGACUCUUUCUAACCAGUGUCUUCAGUCUUUUUUUUUUUUUUCACCAGCAUAUUUUGCUAUUACAAUUGUUUUUGUCAUUCAUAUUUUGUUUUGUUUUUUUUGGAGGAAAAAGGGAUUUACUAUAUUGCUGUAUGUUGUUGACCUAGAAUGGGAUAAUUACAAUCAUACUAGUGUUUAUUGACAAUGAUGUGUCCCAGAAUGUUGAUAUUUAUUGCAUCAUAAGUAAACAUAAAUGACAUUGAAUGAAGAAGUAUUUUUGUAUUCCAUUGGAUUUAAGGUUUGCAUUUGUCGAGUUCUCAGAACCAAGUGCAGUAAACACCGCUUUGCAAUACAAUGGAGUGAUAUUUGGUGGCAGACCUCUGAAGUAAGCUCCUACAUUUCAUAGAUCACUCUUUCAUUCAAUUAAUACAAUGGUUUUGAAUACUUGCUAUGUUUGAUCAUCACCUCUAUUGAAUUGUUCCUUUUUUUUUGUCUUAAAAGAGUCAACCACUCAAAGAAUGCCAUUGUUAAGCCAGCGUCCAAGUCGUCAGAUAAAGACCGCAAAGAUAUUGAUAAGGCUAUGCGACGUGUUAAAGAAGCAUCCUCGAUCAUUGAAGAUGAAAUUGAUCCUGGUUGGUAUAUCAAGUACUAUAUUUCUGUAAUUUUUAAGAAACAAAGACUGCAUUAAGUACUUUCUUUGGUUGUACUAAAGCUCAAUGAGUGUACUAGUUUAUUUAACUCGUAGUCUGCUGAGCAAUUCUCUCUGCUAGCUGCCAUGCCUUUUCUUAUAAAUUAGUGAUGAGGGUCAAUCAACACAUCAUGUUAACACCCUUUGUCUUUCGUUUGUUACUCUCAUCAUCCCUCUUUUUGUGUCUUGUUGAUCUUAAGAGAAGUUAAAAGUGGAUCAGCUCUGGCAUUUAUUUUUUUAAUGAUUUUAAAAAUUUGCAUGAUAAACAUUCUGUAGGUUUAACAAGGUAAUUUGUUAAAUCUAACAAUUGAGUUGAUAAUGUGAAUUGGCCUCUGUUUAGAGUUAAAAAAACUGAGGUUUUGGGUGUUAGCCCCUCAUCAGAGUGACUGGAGGAACUGUGGACUGUGUGUGUGCUAUGCCAUUGGUGGGAACUUUUCUUCUCAUUACCAUGUUAAACUGACUUCACUUAAUUUGCCUUUUUUAUUUUAGAUGAAAGGUCAAAGUCUCGCUCCAGAUCACAAUCCAGAAGAAGAUCUCACUCAAGGUAACAUGAUUAUCACUUGCUGCAAAAAAUUUCAUCUUAUCUCCUUUUUCUUUUCAGUAGUCCUCUUGAAAUUUCAACUCUGCCUCUGUUUUAGGGUUCAAUAUUAGCUGUUGUCAGGUCAUCCGAGGUAAACAUGAAAUAGUUUGGAUGAGUAUGAUAACACAAAAGGUUGUCUUCUGAUGGAUUAAAUUUGAAAAUUUGUUUUAAAUUUAAUAUUUGACAUUCAAGACUAACCUGUCACAGAGUGCUUUUUUACCAGAAAAAAAAAAAUUGAUCGUAGUUUGCAAACCUUUAUCACUGGAUGUAAUUUUUUUUUUGUAGUACAAUACAUUUCCCCAUACAUCAUUUACCAAACUCACAAUUAAUUACCCAAGUGCUCAAUUUUAUGUGCUGAACAACCGCAAACAGACUCAUCAUUGCCUUUCUUAUGCCUACAAUGCAAUAUAUUAUGGGCAGAUUACAAACUAGUAAAAUCUAGCCAGGGCAAGUAUAUUUUUUUACACUUACCUGGCUAAGGACUUUGACAACACACAUAUAUGGAUCCCUGUUGUUGGUAUUUGUUGGUAUUGCAUUUGAUUAGUUUUUACAUUCAGUGCAGGCAUUUCUUUCCCUAAGCAGUUCAGGCUUCUUUUAAGAAAAAUGUUGUAAUCUUUCUUCAGGUCCAGAAGAAGAAGGUCUCGAUCUGGGUCAGGCUCACGUCGAAGAAGAAGAUCACGUACCCGCUCACCCUCAAGGUACAGAUAGAUUGUGUGUCUUCUGGGAAUUUAAGGCUUUCUUGCACCCCACUUUUCAUUUCCAGAUUUGCUUGUUUCUAUUACCUUUUUGUGAAACAAAUUUUCUCCAAGAUUGCUCACUGUGAUAUGCCAGAACAAGUUGACUUAAUUUCUUCAAGCUUUACAUUUAAUGUCAUUCCCUUGCUUUGUCAAAAUACUUUGAUGACUGAGUCUGUCACCAGUGUAUGAUCCAGAUAGCCAAGGUGUAAUUUUUUGGGUAAGAAAUUGCCCAAUGUUUUGUAAAAUUUAAGAAUAAUUUGUUAGUGUUAGGAGCACACAAAAACAUACUGAUACAUGUGUAUUUUGGCAUUCCUGUAUUUAGGGGUGUGUUUAGCCCUUAGAACCCCAAGAGUGACUAUUAUGUAAUUUUCCCUUGCAAUAUUACCUCUGAAUCAUACAUUAAGGCAAUGCCAAUAAAGGAAAUGAUCCCCCAGUAAAGAAUAUCUUGAUUGUUAAACAAAUUCUCCUUGUCAUCACCUUUGGAGAUGUAUUGAGUACAGUCUGGAGAAUACACAUACUGUUGUUAGUGUGUGAAAGGUUAACUUAAGAGAAUAAUUCUGGAUAUAUUUUUCAGCUUUUCAAAGAGAAAACUAGUAAACAGUCAUCUUUUCCACUGAAAUUCUUUGAAUCUGUUUUCACUGUGCAAAAUGAUUAAUUUUCCACGUCCUUCCUAGGGAUAGAUACAGAGACAGGCGUCGUUCAUCCCGUUCUGCCUCAAGACACAGAAGUUCCCGUCGUUCUCGAAGCAGGUAUGAUAGAUAGUGCUCAAAGACCAACAUUUGAUACCUUGUUUCUUCAAAUAUUUUGUACAUGCUGGCUUCUUUCUCUUUUAAAAAGAAUAGCUAAUAGUAGGCUUUAUGUGACUGAUUUUUUUUCCCUAUUCUGAAGGGAGAGAAGGAAAGGUCGACGUUCAAGGUCUCGAGAGCGACGUUCUAGAUCACGAGAGCAAUCACGUGGCAGGUCCAAAGAAAGGAAGAGAACUGAUUCUCGUGAAAGAUCAGUAUCAAAGGAAAAGAAAGCACCAAAGGAAAAAGCAGAGGCUGUUGAGAAACCUGAAAGUUUGAAGGAGAAAAGUCGAGAGAAAUCAGAAGAGAGGAGUGAAAAAACUAGAUCAAAAGACAAAGAGAAAACAAGAGAAUCAGAAAAAGAAAGAGAACGGAGAAAGGAAAAAGAAAGGCAGAGAGAAAAAGAGAAGCAAAGGGAAAAAGAGCGCGAAAGAGAAAAAGAAAAGGAAAAAGAAAGACAAAAAGAACGCGAGCGAGAGAAAGAGAAAGAAAGAGCCAGGGAACGAGAGAGGGAAAGAUCAAAAAGUCAUUCUAUCUCACCGUCACCAAAGAGAAGCUCUUCUAAGUAAGUUUUCAUAAAUAUUUUUCUGUUUUCUCUCAGCUCUUUAUAAGUUAAACCCUAAUAAGGGCUGCUAGUCUCCCCCUUUUGUGUCCUAAUUUUACCUUAAAAGUUGGAAAGUACAUCAGUUCCAUUUAAAGAGGAAAUUAAACGUAAGUCUGGUUCUCAUGUUAGGUAAAGAUUCACUGCCAGGCAACCCUAUUUCAAGACUAAUACAUGGAUGUUUGUUUUAUUCCAUUUAAAGAUGCAUUUUUUUCUCCUUUCCUUUUUUCCCUCUCUUUUUUUUUUGGUUUUUCUUUUAAAAAGUGUUCUUAACUUAGCAGCAAAGAAUUUGGAUUACUGAACUCUUUAUUUUUCAGGUGAACAAAUGUGAAGCUCAAUAGAAAAGAGUACAUUUAACACCUUUUUGAGUGCUACUAAUGUGUUGUCAAACUAGAAUUCAGAAAACAGUGCAUUUUGUUAAAAAACAAAGAACUGGAUAAUCUUUCACAAGUUCUAAAAAACUGUUAACAAAACUUCUCCAUCAUUAGAGCGCACCAUAAAAAGAAAAAAGAGCGAAAAGUGAGGGAGAAAAAGGACAGUAGCUCUCAAAGCGCUGAGGAGGAAAGUGACAAGGAAAGAGCUUAUCCAGGUAGGUUACUCUGCUAUUGAUCUUAGAUUCUUUAAACAAAGUCAUCAAAGUACUGAGUCACCGUGGGUCUUUAACUGGUUUCCUUUCCACCAUUUCUAUAAGUUCACUUAUUAUAAAGAAAAUGCUUUUUUGACCAUUGCAGCAGACAGUGAUCAAGGCACAGAGAGAGAGAAAAGAAAUAGAAGAUAUGGCAGUGCAGAAGGAAAAGAUAGUGAAGGUUCUGAUUAUGAUAGGAGCAAGAAGAAAAGGAAAAAAUACUCAGAGGAAAAAGAAGAGGAUGAAAAUCUGUCAGAUGGUGAAAGGAGAGGUGAGAGAGAAGAUAGCUCGAGCCGACGUUCAAAGAAAAAGUCCAGGAGCUAUAAGAAGAAGCCUGUCAGUGCCGGUGACUAUGACAGUGAUACUAACUAAUGACAUGACAAUUGAAUACUAUACUAGUGUUAGAGUUUGUACUUUUACCUUUACUCUAAAUAGAUCUUAUUACUGUUCAUGUGGCCCUGUUCAGAAUUUCAGCCAGUAAUUAAGUACCUUGCAAAUUUUCCAGGACAGAGAUGCUCACAAAGUUCAUUCAUGUACUCAUUUUAUUGCCUCUCUGAUUCAAUCAUUUGUUUUCACAAAAGACUUCUCCUGGUCCAAUUGCAUGUUAAUCAAUGUCACUUGCCUCUGUUCUGUUCUGUUAUGAUUUAAAUGACAUCAUCUUUUAGGAAACAAAACUAGCCGCCAGAUUGUCAUUCACAAAUUGCUAAAAGCCAGUUAUUACUUUCAAGGCCAUAAGUCAGGCUUUUCUCAUUUUAGUGCUGAAUGCUUUUAUAUUGUAAAUUUUGUCAGUGUUCAUUAAAGUGUUAAUCUGUCUAUGCUAUGGGCCCUUUGCUGUUCCUUGUAUUCUAAACAUCUAAAUUUAAUCUUACUUGAAUAUAAUAUAUAUUUAUACACCAUCUCUAUUGCCAGUUUGGGUCACAAAUGUGUUUCAAGUGGAAAUUUUGCAUAAAUACAGCAGAAUAUUGGUC